AUGAAAUUUUCUUCCGCUUUUGUCCUAUCCGCUGUUGCCGCUACUGCCCUUGCUGAGAGUAUCACUACUACCAUUACUGCCACCAAGAACGGUCACGUCUACACCAAGACUGUUACUCAAGACGCUACUUUUGUCUGGGGUGGUGAAGGCUCUUACGCUAGUAGUACUUCUGCUGCCGAAUCUUCUGCCGCCGAAACUUCUGCCGCUGAAACUUCUGCCGCUGAAACCUCCGCUACUACCACUUCUGCUGUGACCUCUGCUGCUGAGACCUCUUCUGCUGCUGAAACUUCUGCUGAUGAAGGAUCUGGUUCUAGUAUCACUACUACCAUCACUGCUACCAAGAACGGUCACGUUUACACCAAGACUGUCACCCAAGACGCUACUUUUGUCUGGACUGGUGAAGGUAGCAACACUUGGUCUCCAAGUAGCACCUCUACCAGCUCAGAAGCUGCUACCUCCUCUGCUUCAACCACUGCAACCACCACUGUUGAAACUUCUUCUUCCGCUACAUCCUCUAGCACCGCUCAACUAUCUAGUUACACUGGUGCUGCUGAUGCCAUCACCGCUGGUACUGGUUUGAUGGGUGCUGCUCUUGCUGCUGUCAUGUUAUUGUAA